UCUUGCGUACAAUCACACUUCGACGCCACAGACCAAGGGGAGGGUUGUUGAUAGAAGAAGCCAAGGCAUGAAGGUAUCGUCUGCGAAAGUGUUGACGAUAGAAACGUAUGCUAUUUUAUGGAUUACAAUCAGCCGACUUCAUAAUGGUCCUAUAAAAUACAACGCAUUUCAUGCUUAGAUAAAUUCAUUAUCUUACCAGUCUGUGUGAGGGAAAUAUUGGCUAUAUCAGUAUUCGGCAAAACCGUUUCCUAAGCUGCACUCUUCUGGUACUAAAAAAGAAACCAUAACAUGGCUUCACGACAGGACCUGUAAGAAGCAAGAGUCAGCUAGCCCUUUGAGACCACACGAUCCAGCACAUCCCAGUAAUAUCUGUAUCUGUCCAGUCAUGUCUAUUAUGGACCACAGUCCUACCACUGGGGUGGUGACGGUCAUUGUCAUACUCAUUGCAAUCGCUGCCCUGGGUGCCCUCAUCCUGGGGUGUUGGUGCUACCUUCGCCUGCAGCGCAUUGGUCAAUCAGAGGAUGAGGAGAGCAUUGUGGGAGAAGGCGAGACGAAGGAGCCCUUCCUGUUGGUGCAGUACUCUGCCAAGGGCCCUCGGGUGGAGCACAAGACCAAGCUCACGCCCAGCAGUGCUGAAAGCCACCGCUAACCCAGUCCACCUGAAAAACACAGGUCCACGUGCACACACGACAAGAACUGUUUUUCCACAUUUCAUUGUAAACCGUCCUCUCAGGUCCUUUGUAUGUGUUCUGUAUUGAGCAGCACUAGGUGAGUUAAUUUGCGUUUUCACAUCUCACCCUCCCAAGUAAAUGGGAACGAUGCUUUCUUGGGGUAGAAGUACCUCUGAAACGACUGCAUGCACUGAACAACCCUAUAUUUCACAGUGCUAUCUUUACUUUUCAUGGUUUCUUUUAUAAUUUUUACAUUUUAUAGUAUAUGAAGCUCUGUCUGUAAAUUCAAUCUGUAUCAUAAUCUUUCAAAAUCCUUCAUUCUUGCAUCUAAAGCAAAGAUAAUGUGAAUUCAGUUGUGUUAUGUCCACAUUGAAUCAAAGCAAAAGCACUUUUUAAAGAAGUGGAGGUCCGAAUUGAUGUUGCACAACUUACCUGGACAAUAUGAAGGUCUUUAUAAGGCUAUUAUGAGGGGACCUUGGUGUGAAGAAAGGUUUCUUGAUUACAGUAUGGUAUGGCAACUGGCACAUCCUGUUUGAAUUGACUCCAGAUGGCUCAUUCUGGGUUUGUGUAUGUGAUAAAAUAUCUUGGGAGACCAAAUGUUCAAAUCCAAGAGUUGUCUUCAGGGCGAAACAUAUCCUAUGUAAGUACAGGAACAUGGACACUUUGAGCUACACAGUCGAAUUUCACGUGUCGCUGCGUUCUAAAAAUCUGAGACCUGAAAUUCUUAAGGCAACACAAACACAAGCUGCAAUGUCGAGCGUCACAGUGAGGGCAAAAACAGGAUGAAGUCUUCAAUUUGUGCUUUCUUCCACUCAAGACUCGGGUUUAUUACCUCUACCUUGACAUAACGCACGUUCAGUAUGUACAACCGCAAUGCAUCGUCCUACCGUUGUCAUAUGCCUUUGUGUACUUGCGUAGGCUAUGUUUCAUUCCUUACGUGUAAAAACAAGUCAACGACAAACUAAUGAGGGAUUUUCACGUUUCUGUUUCAAGCAGUGCAAGAAUAUCCAGAAGGUUUGUCAUUUGCUGAAGCAGAGCUGGUUCUUUUUUGUUUUGAACUGUACAGCUAACCUGAAAGUAUUGCUUUGUUAUAUUUAAAAUAUAAUUGUUCACAGGGUGUGGUAUUUAUUACUUUCUUGGCUACUAUCCAUUUGUAAGCUAGAGAAGACGAAUCGAUGAGGAAAUUUAUUUUUAUACGGCACUAUGGCAAGAUUGUUCAUUUAUCAAAUUCCUGUUUCCCCAUGUAAACCCUUGCAAUGGUGAAGGAAUGCAAGCCAAAUUGAAUGUUUGACACUAGUCACACAUUUAUGAUUAUUGUACGGUAUCACCUGCCAGAUUUACAUCGAUGGGUCCAUGAAUUUUAACUUUUUGGCAUUAAGCUAUCGUGUGGCUGGUGGAAGCUGCAUUGAAGACUUUCUGGGGAUUUGCUGUUUUACUCCUGGAAGCCAGCAUGUUUUACUAUGUGCCAAUAACUGUCCUGCAGCUGACAUCAACCAGUUCCCUUUUUUACGCAAAAAACAGAUAUUGUUGCAAAAGUAUAUGUAAUGUCCAUGUUAUCUCCAUUUUCAUGAUGUACUGGGUAUUGUUAAUAAAACUGGACAAUAAUUUACUUUCCCUAAAAUUAA